UCACGCUAGGUGCAAUGACACACAUCACACAUUUGCACAUCAGCGUGGAUGCAUGACCGCAACAGGACAUGAUGCUCUUCACACUCAUCUAACGAUGGAGAAUCAACAACAUAUGCAGAUGGAGAGUGUGGACGUGAAGGCUCUGGCGGCCAUGUUCAACACCAGUCUGGACCCAGGCAGCAAAGAGCAAGCUUCACAAAGAUCCCCCAGACCCGAACAUGGGAGGACCCAUCCCAACCACACUGCUUCUCAGGAGCAACCGCACAGAGAACACCUACCACCAAACUUGCGUCAUGCACCCUACAAUCAAGGGCUCCAUGCCUCUUCCCACAUUAGGGACAUGAAGCCCAGGGGACAUCAUCCAUUGGGCAGCAAAUUCACAGCUCCAUCAGAGUCCUUGGCUUCAACACCUGUCUCCAGAACUCUCCCAGUCAGGGAAAAGCACAGGCUUAGAAAUGCAGGAGAUGUUGCCCCGCUACGGAAACCUCUUCCUGCAGAGGUAUCUGCACCUUCCAAACCGAAGCGUCCACCCAACUUCAAACUGGAGCCUUUUUUGAGAAACGUAGAAGUUGAUCGUCUGUAUCCUCGACGUGGAGCAAGUGACGCAGGACUGCGUACAGCAAGUGGAGGGAUGAGUCCACCAGCACCACCACAACGCGACAUCAAACCAAGCAGAAGGCAGAGGUCUUCCACGGAUGCUGAGGAAAAUCUAGGAGGCUCUCAUGGAAAUCGAAGAGUCACAAAAAUAGCAGAACCUCCGACUGACACCAGCACCCUGUUUGUUGGCACUAUAACUAAUCCACAGGAUGAAGAUCAGAUUUAUGAGUUUGAUGAACUGGAGGAGGAAAUCAGGCAGCAAGAAGAGCGCCAAAGAAAAGAGAACAAGUACAGGGAAAUCUUUCAGCUAUGCGGGGAGUUGGAGGUUCUGUGUACAACCAGAGUUCAUCACGACUGGUAUGAUGAAGGACAGCUGUCCCUCAGUGUUCGAGAAGGCGAGACUGUGGAGAUCCUGCGGGUGACAGACACACCCAGGGGAUCUUGGCUGGCUCGAUCCAUCAGUGGAAACUAUGGCUACAUCAGCAGUGCCUGUGUUGAUAUUGACUGCGACACAUUAAGGUAUAGAAUGCUGUCUAAUAGGUCAAACACUUCAAUAUUACCUCCUCCACCUCCAGACCCUCCCCUGGUGGCUUAUGCGUCCAACCGAGAGAGCCCAUUUGAUCUAAAUGAUGACUACGAUGAUGUUGAACCCAUACUUGCAGAUUUCCCUCCACCACCACUUGACAUUUGCAUUGAUCCCAAAAUGGAGAAGGAGCUCAGGAAGAAAUUCAAGUUUGAGGGGCCCAUUGUCGUGCUGCAGACCAUGAUGGUGGACCCCAACUGCAUCAUCAAGAAGCCUGUUGGGAAACAGCUGCCAGUGAGCCAAGGGGAUGUGGUGGAUGUCAUUCAAUUGACCAACCGGAAGAAGGUUCUCUGUCACAACCGGACAUCUGGAAAAUAUGGCUACGUGUCCAAACAGUUUCUAGUUCCAAUGAAAGGAGGACUUCAUGAUGGCGUGGAUCAUCCUGUUGAUAUCUACGACAACGACCUCCCAUCACCUCAAUACUGAUAUCAAAGAUAUGAACUGACAUAGAAAACAGUGACAUGACAAGCGAUAUCAUAUAGACUGUGGACACGUGAUUGUGUUGUGCUUUUUUUUUUAUUUUAUUUUUAUUCUUCAUGGAUUUACACUGAUUUUCACACUGAGUAUCAUCAACAUGAUAAAUCAAAAACUUGCAGUCCAUAACUGUUGUUCCCCAUGUGUUGAGAAGUGUUUUCAAAGGUAUCUGUCAAUAUGCCUGAUUGGGCAUUGUGAUGUCCUGAUUAAAACGAUGGCCAGGGUUACUUGCAAAGAGUUGGGGUUGGCAAUAAGUCACUCCUACAGUAUUUCACAGACCUUUUUUCCUUUUCUUUUUUUGCUGCCAAAAAUGUCUGAGUUUGUGGCUGAUUUUUUUUUUUUUUAAAUUGCAGUGAAAAUUUUGAUCAGUUAUGAUUCUGAACAACAUGAUGACAAAUGAGGACAUUGCAAAUUAACUUAAGUGUCAGUUUUUAGUCCUCCAUCUGCAAUGGUUUUCACAAAAUAUCAACCAUUUGCAAAAACACAAUGGGUAUUUCAAGUGCAAAGAAAACACACAUACACACAAAAUGAAUAAAUAAAUAAAUAAAUGUUGAAGCUAAAAAAAAGUUUGAAAAAAAUAAAUGCAUUUUUUUUAACAUCUGAUAUCUGCAGCUGUGUGAGUGUUACUGUGAGUGAUCAUGCUGGUUGUGGAUCUGAUUAUGAUCUGAUAUUUGACGACAGCUGAAAAUCAUCGAGAUCAAUUGAACCCAACAUUAACUGAUGAUGCAAGUGUUGAUUUUUUUGUUGUUUGAGCAUAUGAGCAGAUGGGUGACGACAACUGAAGUUGAAAUAAGAUUUUCCAAUUGGGGUUGCCGCAGCAAGUUGGUUUUCUCCAUCUUAGCCUAUCUUGAGGAAUAUCUUUAGUCACGUCAAUCCUCUGCUCAUGUCCUCCUCUAUCAAUGGGUGCGUUCAGGCACAGCCAGGUGGACGCAGCACCAAUCGGCGAGAGCUUGCAAGAGCUUACGAGACCAGGCGUUUGUUGUAAUCGGAUUGUAGUUUGUACGAAGAACGUGGUGGAGAAAAUCGCUUGUGCUGAUUUAUUGGCUGUGGAAUUGGAAGCAAAGGAACUCUUGUUUAUCGGAGUGCACUCACGGAGAAGGUAAAUAGUUUUGUCAAAUCAAGGAAAGGUAAGAUGCGAAACAUUUAAGGCACCCGAAAUAGCCAGCAACAAGUCAAAUUACCUGAAAAUUUUUUAAUGCACUAUAUAUAUAUAUAUAUAUAUAUAUAUAUAUAUAUAUAUGAAACAUCAACAUGAAACAAUCCGUAGGAUGUAACUAACUCUCCAUAAUUUCUCCAGGUUAGUUGCAAAAGUAAU